AGCCGGAGCCCGAGCUGACCGCCGUGGACUCGGCCCCAGGGCUAGCUAGGCCCGACGUGGAUGGAGGAGGCUGAGUCCUGAGGUCGCCGCCAGCGCGGUCGGCCCGCCGGUGCGGCCCCCGGGGAGGGCGGGCAGGAGCGCCGAAGCCGCCCGGGGCCUGCGGUCCGCGGCCCGCGCCCGCCCCCCGGAGCCGCCCCGACCGGAAGUGCAGCCUGCGAGGGGCCAGAGGCCGCCGCCAGGCCGCGCCGGGCCUCCCGCCGGGGCCGCACUGGGCCGAGCCCCGGGGAGGCCCCCGCGCCGCUGCCCGCCGGGAAGAUGCAGCGCGCGCUCCCGGGAGCCCGCCAGCACCUGGGGGCCGUGCUGGCCAGCGCCAGCGUGGUGGUGAAGGCCCUGUGCGCCGCCGUGCUGCUGCUCUACCUGCUGUCCUUCGCCGUGGACACGGGCUGCCUGGCCGUCACCCCCGGCUACCUCUUCCCGCCCAACUUCUGGAUCUGGACCCUGGCCACCCAGGGGCUGAUGGAGCAGCACGUGUGGGACGUGGCCAUCAGCCUGGCCACGGUGGUGGCGGCCGGGCGCCUGCUGGAGCCCCUGUGGGGGGCCUUGGAGCUCCUCAUCUUCUUCUCGGUGGUGAACGUGUCCGUGGGGCUGCUGGGGGCCUUCGCCUACCUCCUCACGUACAUGGCUUCCUUCAACCUGGUGUACCUCUUCACCGUGCGGAUCCACGGCGCCCUGGGCUUCCUGGGCGGCGUGCUGGUGGCGCUCAAGCAGACCAUGGGGGACUGCGUGGUCCUGAGGGUGCCCCAGGUGCGGGUCAGCGUGGUGCCCAUGCUGCUCCUGGGGCUGCUGCUGCUGCUGCGCCUGGCCACGCUGCUCCAGAGCCCGGCCCUGGCCUCCUACGGCUUCGGGCUGCUCUCCGGCUGGGUGUAUCUCCGCUUCUACCAGCGCCACAGCCGCGGCCGGGGGGACAUGGCCGACCACUUUGCCUUCGCCACGUUCUUCCCCGAGAUCCUGCAGCCUGUGGUGGGGCUGCUGGCGAACUUGGUGCACAGCCUCCUGGUGAAGGUAAAGAUAUGUCAGAAGACGGUGAAGCGCUAUGACGUGGGUGCACCGUCGUCCAUCACCAUCAGCCUCCCAGGCACGGACCCCCAAGAUGCAGAGCGGAGAAGGCAACUGGCCCUGAAGGCCCUCAAUGAGCGGCUGAAGAGAGUGGAGGACCAGUCUGUCUGGCCCAGCAUGGACGACGACGAAGAGGAGACUGGGGCCAAGGUGGACAGCCCCCUGCCUUCAGACAGAGGCCCCACACUCUCUGGAAAGGGCGCUGCCCCAGAAUCCAGUCUGAUCACCUUUGAAGCAGCUCCCCAAAAGCUAUAACUCCAGACCACCUUGAGUAUAGCACCUCCUCUCCCAAGGCCCCUUGGCACUCCAGGGCUUUGACCAUUCUGAGAGGGGAGGCCUGCCGGGGGUCUCCACAGCCUUCUGUUUGUCGCCAACACUACCCAGGACUCGCUCCAUGGCUCCAACUCCAGACAACCACUAUGACAGGAAUGGGGCCUCUGAGACAUCAGGCAGCCCAGGCUCUCUGAGGUAAGACUGUACCUCAGCAGGGUCCCCCAGACAAGCGACUGACUGCAGUGACAUUGAUGCCACAGCACCCAGUUCAGCCCUCAUGCCUGAGAUUGGUUGCCGAGAGCCCUGAGCCAAGGUGAAAAUUUGCCAAAAACGCAUGGGGGUCAUGGGGUCCCGGAAGGUGUGAGUGCCAGCACAGGACUGCACGUCCCUGGCCGCCCCCAGAACGACCGUGUCCAUGUCGAGAUCGGAGUCCCUGUGCCGUCGUUACGGCCGCUUCUGUGCCAGAGUAGCCACGGCUCCCAGGUAUUUCCCACAGGACCACUGGAGUGGGCCGCCGAGCCCGGCUCACGGUAUCAAUAAAGCAGUUCUUUGACAGACCA